AUGAAAUUUUUUACAAUUUUCGGCUCAGCUGUUUUCGCUCAAAAAUGCGAAAAACCGACUGACAUUUCGAACCCCAACUCGGAGCUUCACUGCAUCGGUGCCGGCGGAAAUUGUGGAAUCAAUGAGGAUUUUGCGAGAAAAGGAUGGCAGGCAUAUUUAACUGUUCCCGGACAAACGGCUGAAAAUACUGUCUGGACUGAGGCACAGAAAUACUGUGAGUCCAUGGGCAUGAAUCUCGCGACUGUUGCAAACGAGCAAGAACACAAAGAUCUCAUGACAUACACUGUCGAGUACGGGAAGUGCAUGACGAAUGUUACCAACCGACCUGGCAAUUUCUUCAUUGCUCUCAAUCGAGUCAAUAAUCAUGAUGAGUUCAAGUGGACUUAUCGCAAUGCUCCUGGAGAAGAGAAAACCUGCCUUCCAUACGAAUUCGGAGACGGGCUCAACAAAUUUGAAACCGAAGACAAGCUCAUCGACAAAUUUUGCGUCUACAUGGAAAGUGGAUCUGGCUCAAACCAGUCGAAAAACUGGAAACAAGUUGAUUGCAACAAGAACCCAACUGGAACUCAAAUUGGCUUUGUCUGCCAGCCGCGAAGAGAUGUAGAAGAAUGCAAAAGUGGCGCCGCCGGGUUUUCUUCCUUGAGUGCAAUGAUUUUUAUGCUUGCAUAUUUUUUGAUUGAAUAA